CGCUGUAAACACGGAAGUAAAACAACCUGUUACAUUCAUAUCAUAUUCAGUCAUUCAUCUUCACAAACCGACAUGCGUGCCUCAAUUAUAGUCGUUAUCGGACUUGUAUGUUUAUUAGUCCCAGCCGCGGCGCUAGACAACGGCCUGGCUUUAACUCCCACCAUGGGCUGGCUGCACUGGGAGAGAUUCAUGUGCAACACAGACUGUGAUGCGGAUCCUCAAAACUGCAUUAGAGAGGAGCUCUUCAUGCAGAUGGCAGAUGUGAUGGUGAAGGAGGGAUGGAAGGAUGCUGGAUAUGAGUUUGUGUGCAUUGAUGAUUGCUGGCCUUCGCAACAAAGGGACGCACAGGGGCGCCUGCAGGCAGACCCCAAAAGGUUUCCCAGUGGCAUCAAAAAACUGGCAGAUUAUGUCCAUUCUAAAGGACUGAAGCUGGGAAUAUAUGCAGAUGUGGGCACAAAAACUUGCGCAGGUUACCCUGGGAGUUUGGGCUAUUAUGACAUCGAUGCAAAAACCUUUGCGGACUGGGGUGUGGAUCUGUUAAAAUUUGACGGGUGUUUCAUGCCUGACUGGCAUCAGCUGGGAGAAGGUUAUAUAAAUAUGUCAAGUGCACUAAACCAGACUGGCAGAAGUAUUGUUUACUCUUGUGAAUGGCCGUUAUAUGAGUGGCAGCACCAACAGCCUGACUAUGAGGCAAUUCGCAAGACCUGUAACCACUGGCGUAAUUAUGGAGAUGUGUAUGACCAGUGGACCAGUGUGAAGAGCAUCCUGGACUGGACAGCAGAAAAGCAGAAGAUCGUCGUCCCAGUGGCAGGACCAGGAGGAUGGAAUGACCCUGACAUGCUGAUCAUUGGAAACUUCGGCUUGAGUCGCGAUCAGCAGCAGACUCAGAUGGCAUUGUGGGCAAUCAUGGCGGCUCCACUUCUAAUGUCUAACGACCUGCGAGACAUCUGUCCCAAAGCCAAAGAACUACUGCAGAACAAGCAGAUCAUCGCCAUCAACCAGGACCCUCUGGGCAAACAGGGCUAUCGGAUAUUGAAGGCUGACAGUUUUGAGCUGUGGGAAAGGCCCUUGUCAGGCAACAGGCUGGCCGUGGCAGUGAUGAACAGACAGGAGAUUGGAGGUCCGCGCAGAUUUACUAUUUCAGUGGCAAUAAUGCCUAGCUGGAAGCUUUGUAACCCGAAAUGCAACGUAACCCAGAUCAUGCCCACUUACAAGGAAAUGGGCGUCCAAAAUCUCUUGUCAGAGGUGGUGGUCCAAGUCAACCCUACAGGCACAACACUACUCACCGUCAACCCACUGUGAACUAGAGCCAAGACAAAGAAAUGGGACUAAUACUGUUGAAUUACAUGACUUGAAGUCUUUCUUUUUGAAUACUGCUUUUGAAUCUAUUUGAAUUUUUUAAGUGAACUUAGAGCAAUCAAAAGAUUACAAUUGUAGCUGUGGAUCAUUUUAUUAAACAAAAAACACUGA